GAAAACAUCCCUUGUAUGUUAGAAUUCCAAAAACGUUUAGAAAACAAUUUGCACAGGAUGCUGCUGCUGUCAAUUUAUUUCAUAACUGAGCUGUCAAAUGAGUGGAGUCGAGGAUGGGACACGGAACUAAUGAGCAGCUCUGCUUUUCUCCGGGAGAAAAACGUUGUUGCACAAUUUCUGUCUUGUUUACGACAGCUGUGAGCAAAAUACGGUAAUAAGCAUGUUGACAUGUCUAGUGCCUUCGUGUUGAUAUUUCAGGUUGAUCUACGCACUUAUUGGACAUAUUUUUUAAGUUUAAGUUGAUUCAACGUUUCAUUCCAAUAGUAGUAUUCGCCAUGGGGAAGCCAAAGAAGAAAAGUGAUCUGAGCCGUGCUGAGCUGAUGAUGAUGACCAUAGCGGACGUCAUUAAGCAGCUAGUGGACGCACAUGAGGAGGGCAAAGACAUCAACCUCAACAAAGUGAAGACGAAGACGUCUGCGAAGUACGGUCUGUCUGCGCAGCCACGCCUGGUGGACAUCAUCGCCGCGGUGCCCCCUCAGUACCGACGAGCUCUGGUGCCCAAACUGAAGGCCAAACCCAUCCGCACCGCCAGCGGGAUUGCAGUUGUCGCGGUGAUGUGUAAACCCCACAGGUGCCCUCACAUCAGCUUCACAGGAAACAUCUGUGUAUAUUGUCCAGGAGGUCCUGACUCAGAUUUUGAAUACUCCACUCAGUCAUACACCGGGUACGAGCCGACCUCCAUGAGAGCCAUCAGGGCGCGUUACGACCCCUACCUACAAACCAGACACCGAGUGGAACAGCUAAAGCAGCUGGGCCAUAGUGUUGACAAGGUGGAGUUCAUCGUGAUGGGCGGGACCUUCAUGGCGUUGGGGGAGGAGUAUAGAGAUUACUUCAUCAGGAACCUGCACGACGCCCUCUCAGGCCACACCUCCAAUAGUGUACAAGAGGCCGUCAGGUAUUCUGAGCGUAGCAACACCAAGUGUGUGGGCAUCACCAUAGAGACGCGUCCAGACUACUGUCUGAAGAGACACCUGAGCGACAUGUUGGGCUACGGCUGCACACGUCUGGAGAUCGGAGUGCAGAGCGUCUACGAGGACGUAGCACGAGAUACCAACAGGGGCCACACGGUGCGUGCGGUGUGCGAGUCGUUCCAGCUGGCUAAGGACGCCGGUUUCAAGGUCGUCUCACACAUGAUGCCCGACCUGCCCAACGUGGGCAUGGAGAGAGACGUGGAGCAGUUUAUAGAGUUCUUUGAGAACCCUGCGUUCCGUCCUGAUGGCCUGAAGCUCUACCCGACGCUGGUGAUCCGCGGUACGGGUCUGUAUGAGCUGUGGAAGACGGGCCGCUACAAGAGUUACUCGCCCAGCGCCCUGGUGGACCUUGUGGCCCGCAUCCUGGCCCUCGUGCCCCCCUGGACACGCGUCUACAGAGUACAGAGGUGCGUACAGGGUCUUACGAAUUAUGUUAUGAAAUAUGUUAUAAACAGUACCCCUCCUCCUCCUCUUCAGGGUUUUGGGAUGCUCCUGAUGGAGGAGGCGGAGAGGAUCUCCCGCGAGGAGCACGGCUCCAGCAAACUGGCUGUCAUCUCAGGGGUGGGAACAAGAAACUACUACCGCAAGAUGGGCUACGAGCGGGAGGGGCCUUACAUGGUCAAGAGGCUCGACUGACCGUACAAGAGGCUCGACUGACCGUACAAGAGACUCGACUGACCGUACAAGAGACUCGACUGACCGUACAAGAGACUCGACUGACCGUACAAGAGGCUCGACUGACCGUACAAGAGACUCGACUGACCGUACAAGAGACUCGACUGACCGUACAAGAGGCUCGACUGACCGUACAAGAGACACAGACUUUGCUCACAGCGGCAGCCACAAACAUAUUUAACAGGAACUGUUACUCUAUAUAACGGGACAUUAGUACUGUUUCUCUUUUUUGGCGUUGAGAGACUGAAGCAAAAGGAGUGACCUUUGGAGAAUGCAACACCUGUUUGAAUUGAGCUUCACACCUCUAUACAGUUGUGUGUGUGGACGCACGCGUGUGGGUGGACGUCUUGAGGACUUGCCAGGACACGUCAAGACACUCCUGAGGACCUUUGCAGACUUUUUGUUGUUGUUGUUUUUGCCGUUUUUCAGUUGCUUCAAUGCCAAUGCCAAUGCCAUGUUCCAAUUGGUGCCUUUCAUUUAAUAGCCUACUGUGGUGUGUUGAAAGUGUGUAUGUGUAACCACCACACAGACAAUAUAUUGCUGCCCAGUUGGUAAGGCCUCUGUGCUACUCUGUAUGGCAGGAGAGAUGAGUACUCUUGUCUUGCAGACAUCUGGAUACAGUAGCUGGACAUAAGAGAUGAGACCUCUUGGCCUCUAGUCAUCAGUAUAGAUGGACAUGGAAGAUGGAUAUUGUAUUGUAUUCAUCUGUACUGUUUACAGUAGAUGGAUAUUGGAGAUGGGAGAGGCCAUAGGGGAUAAUAUGAGGCUUCCGCACAUUAUAAACGCACAAAAAGACCUCUCUCUCUCUGCCUCUCU